AUGAAGGUCACAUCAGCGUAUGCCGUCGUCAUUGCGGCAGCAUACGUCCGAUGUGUAUACGGACUCGGGGACAACUUGCAAUCUGCCGCAAUUUCGAGGUCGCAGCAGUGUCACGGCGCCAACGGCUGCCAAGAUGUCAUCAUCGACGCAUACGCAGAUGCGGAUGUCGCUGCGACUUGCAACAAGGCCACGCCGACAUGGAACACGCCAGCGCAAGCUCUUCAGCGUUCGUUGAGGGCGCAGUAUCCGCGCAUGCUAACAUCGCAACUCUUUAUGAAGCCCAAAUAUGCAAUUAAGCUGCACAGGUUCACGCAGCUUAACAACGCAAAGAACAGACGAGAACCUGGCCCCGACAAAAACACGCGGAGUACGAACAAGGCGUCAUCAGGACAUGAGAGAAAAGAUAGAAUUGUUAAAGCCCGUGAUUCAUCAUUCACCUGGCAGUCUGCGGAGACUGCCAGCCCAUCAGCCGAACCCACGACAGACGCAGGAGCCCCUGGUGCGCAGAUGCUUCGACAGUUUCUGUUCAACUUCGAGAACAACCAAUACUUCGGGGAGAUCGAGGUGGGCACGCCGCCCUCCAAGUUCGUAGUGGUAUUCGACACUGGCUCUAGCCAACUCUGGAUUCCUUCAAAGCAGUGUUCGAGCAACGGAUGUGCCAGGCACAGGCAAUUCGACUCCACGCAGUCGAGCACGUACAAGGAAGCGGCACCUGGUAGUGCUGCCUCCAACGCGUACAUACAGUACGGCACCGGAGAAUGCGUCCUGGCACUUGGAUCUGACACCGUCAGGAUCGGCCCGCUGGAAGUCAAGAAUCAGUCUCUGGGGCUGGCCACCUACGAGAGUGACCACCCCUUUGGUGACCUGCCAUUUGACGGCCUUGUUGGCCUGGGCUUCCCAGACGCAGCAUUCAGCGCCGACACUGAUUCGCUGCCUUUGAUGGACAACAUCGUCAAGCAGAAACUGCUCAAUCGCAACAUCAUGGCAUUCUACAUGACCAAAGAUCGCACACAACCCGGCACGCUGUCGUUCGGGAGCAUCGACCCAAUGUACGUGCUCCCGGGGCACAGCCCAUGGUGGUUCCCCGUGGUCUCCACUGAUUUCUGGGAGAUCGAGAUGGACUCCAUCCUGAUCGACGGCAAGCCAAUGGAGCUGCAGCGUAAAUACAACGCGGCCAUAGACACCGGGAGCAGUCUCAUUUCGGGCCCCUCCGAGGUCGUAGGGCCACUGCUGCAGAAACUGUCGCUUUCCGGGGACUGCUCCAAUGCCAACUCGCUGCCCACCAUCUCGUUUGUGUUCGUCGACAUGCUCGGGAGGCGCAUUAAAUUCGACAUGUCUCCGGACGACUACCUGGUACGCAUGGACGAGGAUGACGCCGACUUCGGAAUGCAUCUCGCCACUACCACUACCACCGGCAGCCGCAGCUCUCAGCCCGGUGAGGCAGUCAGUGACCAUGAUAAACGACACGACGACGGGAAUCACGGUGUGGAUGGCGGUGCUGCUGGAGAGACAUCAGCGAAUUCCGAAGGCGGUGACGCUGAGAAAUCUGGCCGCAAUGCAGACGAUGUCAAAGGUCGUAGUUCGACAACAGGAGAGAAACCUCGCGUAGCUACCAAGGCUGAAGGAACGCCAGACGCAGCAAUGCGCUGUGUGGUGGGCAUAAUGGCAAUGGACGUGCCGAAGCCGAAGGGACCGCUUUUCGUCAUGGGCGUCAGCUUCAUUAAUCGCUACAUGGCGAUCUUCGACCGCGAUGCCAUGGCCGUGGGGCUGGUGCCAUCCGCCCACAAGCAAGAUGACAGCGACAAGCAGCUGCUGCUGCAACAGGACUUCGAGAUAUCGCCAGGUGAGUGCAACUCCCCCGUGUAUAACACAGUGCAGAUAUCGGCUCCAGCCAGUACACCGUGCCGACAUGGAAAGUUAUUGCAAUUGCCAGCCUAG